GUGCCUUCUGCGCAGGAUGUUACGCGCAGCUUGCCAACAUUCUGUAUCCCAGUUGUUUUUCGGACGCCCCGGUGGCCGCACAUCAACUACGUAUUUUCUAGUGAGUGAUAAAUGAUUUAAGGUGUCGGAAUAUGCAUUUAAUAUGGGCAUGGAUAUUGGUCGUGUGCACGGUGUCAUGUUCGACUGCGGAGAGGGGGUCAUCACUUCGUGGUGCCCUUGAAGCCCUACAGCGACGACAGCGUGGCCGCACGCACACGCAAUUCGCCCAACCUGACUAUGAUUCCGUUUAUGAAUAUGUACCUCCACAAUCAUAUCCUGAUUAUGGAUCUGAAUUAGAAGACAGCGAUGAACAAACGCCGAAAUAUAUCGUCAAGUUACUCGAAGAAAACGAAAGACCUCCAGAAACUUAUGAAUACAAGAUCAUUAAAAAAAAUCCUGCUUAUGAAGGGUUCAACAAAAAACAGGAGUCACCAUUCCGUGAAAGGAGUCAACAUUUAGAUAAUGACCAACUUCGUGAUCUUUUUAUGGAUAGAAAUUCAAACGAAGAGAAUAAUAAUGUCGUGAAUCCAAAGGAAGAAAGUGAUGCUGAGUACGCCCUGCUGCUAGGUCAACUUUGGUCGAAAUACAAGAAUAAUAAGGUUCAACACGAUCUUGAUGAUAAUGCUGCUCAAGGCGUUGUUAAAUUAUACAAGGAGAAAAUUGUGAAAAAACGGUAUCCGAAUAAUUGGGGACCGAUUGCUUUUAAGCGGAAACGUAGUUCGGAUACAGAUUUUGAACAAUCUCUCCUCAGGGAAAAUCAAAAAAUUAAAAAUUCUGGUGACGGCUUAGAACCUGUUGAUCCAAAUUACAAUGCAUACGUAGUGUCUGAUGAUGACAAGGAUGAUAUUCGAGAAGAGUACGCUAUUGCGUUUCAACCUUUGGAUGACGAUAGCAUAACCGACCUAGCUGAUGACAGUCAAUAUACAUACGACGCCAUUGAGAAACGGUUCCCAGUGACGAAACGUAGUAGCAGUCCCUACAAAUUUAAUAGUCAAAAGAAAAGAUUUGUUGCAGAUCAUGGCAACCGUGAUAAAACAAAUACAUUCAGGAGCAGUUCCGGAACGGAUCCAAAAAUAAUUAAAGACCUUACUAAAAUAUUUAGUGAGCCAGAAGAGGAAAUUAUUAAAUCGCCAGUGAAAAGAAGCAGUGAGCAUGCUGAAAAUUCACAUGACACUAAACCACCUAUUGUCGCAAUGACUAGCCACAAUCAUACAAAUGAUUAUCGCAAUUUCUCCUUGGAAGAAGACAUCAGUCACGAGGGCCAUGGACGUAUACACCCACCUGGAGUUUCCGGAAAAGAAGCGGGUCAUGAACAUCAUGAUCAUGAUGACCACAGUCAUGACGAUCAUACACAUGAUCACACACACCACGAACACGGCGACGUUGAAAACACCGAGGAGAAGCCAAUAAAGCUUAAGAAGAAGUCUAUAGACUGGUCUGAUUACUUUGGUAUUGAUAAAAGAUUGAAAAAAUCAUUUAAUGGUAAUAUUAACGAAGAUCGCCUAAAGAAGCAAUAUUUCGACACAUUUAAUAAGGAGGUAGUAUAUCCCUUAAAUUCUUUCCGGUCACAUAACUAUGCCAAAAGAAAUUUCAUGCCACCGAAGAACAAGGAUAUCCCUAUGAAUUCCAUGAAUAACGCACGCUCCCUUACAAUGCUAGAAGAAAAAAGAUCUCUAAAUUCGGAAUCUACUGAUGAAACAAAAUUAGAUAACAUCGAUAAAAAGUUAAAGAACAUGGAGGGAUUAAUCGUCGACGAAGCAUUAAAUUAUUCAAACAUCGGCGAAGAACUUGAUUCAAAAGAAGAACAAGAAAUGAAGGAAAAAUUACUUUCUCGUUUAGCAGCCGCUUACAGCUUGGAGAAGAUGCGUAAAGCACUUAAGGAAUUCAAACAAAGUUUGCAAAUACAAAAAGCGUCUGGUUUGCACCGCUCCCAUGAUUCAGAAAUGAAGGAAAAGAAGGUUGCUGUUAAGAAAGAAAGAGUGAUGAUGGGUAAUGAAAUACCCGAAAUAACUAAGAAUAAUGACAAGAACGAUGACUUUGAAGAUGAGCAAGGAGCUGGACACUACUUAAACGGCAGGAUCGAAGAACAGCUCUCAGAAGGAUAUAUGGGCGGUAGCGGCAGACACCGCACCCCUAUCAUGUCUACCGUAAGUUCUACUGGAGAAUGCCCCGUGUUGUCAAAGAUUGUCCAGAGAUGCCGAGGUGUGGAUUUGCUAGCUGGUGAUCGCGGUCAACUUUUCCUGCCAUUGUGUAGCUUACAUCAAAUCUGUUAUCUUUGUGGCGAGGCUCCACCGACAACCUGUGACUUAGUUUUCCUCUCUGAAGCUGAUUCUACCUGUGAGGGUGAUACAGGCUGCCAACAAGCUGCCCGAUCUGCUCUUAUGGCGCUGAGAGAGCUCCACGACAAUCUAGCGGACGAGUUGGAUGGAGAAUGUGAAGCGAAUCCGUGUCUACCGGCUACAUUGAAACUGAAUAUUGGUUGGCAGAGGGCUCUCCAAUGUCCAAAAGCGUUUAUUUUUAAAGUGUUAAUUUAUAUUUACAAACGACAAUUAUCACUUAUCAUAUUGAUACGGCCUUACAUAUAUGACGGAAGAAAAUUGCGACCAGAUUUAGUAAUCAGCGUGCAACCACAAUCCCAAGUUACCGGAAGAGCUGAGUUGCCGGUAUCCACCACAGACUGGCGGUCCACGCAGGCCCGAGGUCAAUUUAUUCCUAUGCAUGGCCUGGACUUCCUGAUUGGUGCUACCAGCCUGCUCAUCCAGCAAACUGUGGAACUGGAUGACAUGACGUCUCGGAUCGAUUCUGAAAACCGAUACAUCGUGAAAGUCCCACAAGGCGAAGCAUUAUACAUAGCCAGUGAGUCUUCAAACGAAACCCAGAGAUGUUUGUGUGGUAUGGGCCGGGGAUUCGUAAUGCGACUCCAAGACAACACGAGGCAGGAGGCAUUGGUGUUGACUAGGAGGCUUGCCGCUGCCUCCUGCUGUUUUCCUUGCCGGCUACAGGAAUUAAAAGUGGUCACUCCACCAGGAGACUACAUAGGUCGAAUACAGCAGCAGUGGACGCUAUUAGUACCAUUUUAUCUGGUCCGUGAUCAGACAGACAACGUCUUAUUCCUGAUAGAAGGACCUGCUGCUGUACGAAGAAGUACACUAAUGCUUUCUGAAUUUAAAAUUUUGACAGGUGACUCUCUACGCGAAGUUGGCGAAAUUUCUCACGGCUGGAACACGGAAGUCGGCAGCUUUACCACCAAAAUUUCAUUCCCAGACUUAGCCGUUCAACCAAAACACAAAGCCCUACUAUUAGCUGCUGGAUUUCUUCUGGAAUACACCUAUUUCGAGAGUACGAAGAUAAGUUGUUUGAGAUGCAAUUUUUGUUAAUUUUACGUAUAAAGAUCGGUGUAAGAAAAGGUUUUCGAUGUUAUCACUUAUUAUAGAUACAAAGUUUUUGUAAAAAUGUUAUAAGAAAGGUUAUCGAGAUUGUAAUUAAAUGUAGAUAUUAGAAAUAAUCGUUAUUGAAUGUUUAUCUUUUGAUAUUUUUAUAUAACUUUGAUGUGAAGAAUAAUUAAAAAUCAAUAACA